UUGGUCGGACAUGUGGUGUAAAAGCAUUUACCUGUUGCUGCUACUGGGCCUGCAAUGCCUGCAAAUCAAUGCCACCAGGUUGAAGCAGUAUAAGGAGAACUACCACCGACCCGUCUACUACAAUCCUAGUCACAGCAAGGCGAAUCAUGUGGACUACAAUCGCGAGGCCCUGGAGGCGCGCGAUAAGCUCGAUAAGGAGGCAGUAGAGAGGACAGCCGAAUUUGAUGCGAGUGUGGACAAAACCUACUACAUACAGAUCUACUACAAAGGUACGGUGUUCUGUCCCGGGGCAUUGAUAUCGCGCCGAAUGAUCAUCACUUCGGCACGCUGCUUCAUGCCCCCAACGACGGAGCCGGUGCGCGAGUACAAGGCCAGAUAUAUGUACGUUCUGACAGGCGUGGACAUUGGGCACGCAACCACGACGACGCCUCACGCGGUGAACGCCUUUUACAUGCCCGGCCACAAGGAAAACGGCACCUCAAACGACAUCGCCUUGAUCUCCCUGGCGAAGAAGUUGCCCCGCGAUACAUAUCACUAUAUCAAGCUCUUCCGGGGAAUACCCAAAGCGGGAGACCGCGUCAAAAUGGCCUUUCUGGAUCCCAGCGAGUACGAAAUCACACUCUACGACACUAAGGUGGUGGAUAUGGAUCGCUGCAAGACCACCUACGAGAUGAUGGGCUUGAACGAAUUCAUCAUGGAGCCAGAAUACUACUGUGUGAGCAAUCUGAAGCACAAUCUAAAUACGGCCUGCAGCACCCGACCCGGGGAUCCCCUGAUCAUAGAAAAUCAGCUGGCCGCCAUCAACAUCUUUGGCGAGAACUGCGACGAGGUGGAGGACACCGACACCAUGGACAUAUACUUCCCCAUCAAGCACACCAUCAAGUUCAUCCAGCUGGCCACGGAUGCACUGAGGGCCUUCACGGGCACGGGUCCCUUCAAUGAGUCUGUCCAGACGACAACCCUUUCGGCUAUUGCCCUGGCCAUGCAGAAGGAGCAGCUAUGAAUAUUUGGUUGAUUGCUGUAAAAAAGUUAACCAAGCAUUUCGAAACGAAUAAAAGCGUGUCCAAGUGA